AUGAGUUGCAAUGGUUGUCGUGUCCUUAGAAAGGGUUGCAGUGAUGACUGCAUGCUACGACAUUGCCUACUAUGGAUAGAGAAUCCUCAAGCUCAGGCUCACGCCACCGUCUUUGUUGCCAAGUUCUUCGGCCGUGCCGCCCUCAUGUCUUUCCUUUCCUCCGUACCCGCCAACCAAAGAUCUGCUUUGUUUCAGUCACUGCUGUAUGAAGCAGUGGGACGUACUAUAAAUCCAGUGAAUGGAGCAGUGGGGCUGUUGUGGACUGGUAAUUGGCAUCUUUGCCAAAUGGGUGUGGAGAAAGUGCUUCGAGGUGGUGCUGCGUUGACCCCACUGCCUCAGUUCUCGGGUGUAGAUGUAGAUGCUCAGCAAGUAACUGCUUCGGAGAGAGUGGUGGUUGGAGGUGGAAGGUGUCCCCAACCAAAGAAGCAACGUGCGAGGACCCCGUCCGAGGAAUCUGAGAUGUCCACGUUGGAAAGUAGAACAGAGGAUUGUGCUCCUCAAAGUGAAAGAAAGCUCCUAACACUAUUCUUCUGA